CGUGACAAACUUUCUUUUUUUUGGUUGGGUUUACAAGAGCAAAAGAGGAUGGCCCGCCUCACCCUUUUACAUGUCGUAGGUAGCAUUCUGGUUUGGACGUGCUGGACGACCGGCAUGACGGAUGGACUUUCGCUCGAGCACAGAUUGCAGCAAUUAACUGACAACUACAUGGAACUGAAAGGAAAUUUGGCUGAAAAAGACGCGCAAUUGGAAGCUCUAAAACGACAGCAGAAUGAAAUGAUGCAAAGCUGCGUGGAAAACGAAAUCCGAUUUCAAGAUUUGAAAGAGAAACACGAAAUGUUGGUAGAGCAAGUGACACGACACGUACGAGGCAAAGCCCAUAGGGCCAACGUGUCGAUUGGCCAUCAAUCAGGAAGAGCCAUGCCGACUUCGUGCCAAGAUCUAAGUCAAAUAGGACACGUCCUUAGCGGCUUGUAUUCAGUGAUGGCCACUGAAAUGGUGCAAAACGUUUACUGCGACUUUACUAAACUACCCGGCGACGCUGGUUUCGAGACACUGAUUGGAUUUGCCGACGUCAAAUCACAGCCGACGUACUUUUACGUGCAGACGAGCGCGAACUUCAAUCAAACCAAAGUUCCGAUUCCGUUCGACGAAGAAAUGCUGAACGUCGGCGGCGCCAUGAAUUCAACAUCGGGCAUCUUCACGGCGCCACGGACGGGCAAUUACUUUUUUUCAGCCUCUGGAAUUGCCUACAUUCCGGCCUCGUCUUCUGCGCUCCUCUACUUCCACAUCGUUUUGUACGUGAACGGCGGUCGCAUCGGAUUGGCGCACGCCUUUUCAGAUGAACUCGCCGCCGAGGGAGGUCAACACGAAACGUUUUCGCUGUCGUCGACGCUCAAUUUACAGGCGGGCGAUCAAAUUUGGUUGGAAAUAUUCGGCAUGUCACCGGGAGCGUACAUGAACGGCAACGGUUACACUCACUUUAACGGCUGGCUUUUACAAGAAAAUCUUUCAGCCAGCCUUUAAUUUUUCUUUUCUUUCUUUUUCUUUUUUCGUAGCCUCUAGAUUUCUUUGAAAAAUAAACAAAAUGCGUUCUCUUUUAUGGAGCUCUACAA